UCUGGGGGACGACUCAGAGCUUAGUGUGUCUCAGUCAGCCCAGCCAGACAGAGGUAGUGAGACAUCCCUGUUGAGUUUCUAACCAGCAUUCUCUGUGGAUUUUAAUAGUCUGGACAGUUCAGCCCCAUGCAGCAGCCAGAGUCCUAUCCGUACUGGCACAUGGCCCGCGUGAUGCCCAGCGUGAUCAUGGGCUUCUGUUGCAUGGUGGGAAUUCCUGGGAAUGUGGUGGUUCUGAUUGUCGUGGGGCGGAAAUUUGAGAGUGGGAACUUCAACAUGCGUCUGAUGCUGAACCUGGCACUGUGUGACCUGAUGGUCUUGCUGUGCCUGCCUCUAGUGAUUAACAACCUUCUGAGGAACUGGGAUUUGGGCUCUGCCGCCUGCAAGCUGCUCUUCUUUCUGAUCUAUUGCAGCCUGAAUGGUAGUGUGCUAACCAUCACCCUGCUGAGCGUGCAGCGCUAUGUCCAGGUGCUGUACCCCCACAGCUGGGCGCGGCUGGGCCGAAUGGGGGAAGAGGCACUCCUCCUGUCCCUGUGGGGGCUGGCAGGGUUCAUUGCCUCUCCCGCCUUCUCUGUCCUUGACGUCAAGACAUACGACAACCGCCAAUUCUGCAGCUCGCACUACAAGAACCUCAGACAAAAAAUGGCCAUCCUACUUGUCCAAACGCUGCUGGGGUUUGUAGUUCCCUGCUGCAUCCUGGUGACGUCCUACUUCUACCUCCACAAGAGGGUGAGCCAGGCGGCCCUGUUCAGGCAGCGGAGGCUGACCAAGCUGGUCACCUGCAUCGUUGUGUCCUUCUUCUGCUUCUGGACGCCGCUGCACCUGUUCAACCUGCUGGCCCUGGUGAACUUGGCCGUGCAGAAUGAGGUUGUGGAGAAUGUGUGUGACUCAGCUUGGAAUAUCCUCAUGGGUUUCACCAUCAUCAACAGCUGCCUCAACCCUUUCCUCUAUGCCUUCGCCUCUUCAGGAAUCCCCAGGGCAAGCCCCCACCCCACCAGCACAUGACACUGGCUUCCAUUGAGUGGAUAUAAUUGUUUAAAGCACCAUGUACAAGCAUUAUGUACCUGUGACUAUUUUUGUCGUGCUUAUAUUUUGCAAAAAUUAUUCUAGAGGACAUCUGAUAUG